CCUCUCUCCAUCUUAUUGACACCCUUUUGAACCCUCUGACAUCGUGCACAUACCAUCUCUCAUUCAUUUCUUUGUUGAAUCACUCCCUUCUCCGUCACCACCAACGGUAGUACCUGUCACCUCGGUUUCCUUUGUCCUGUCUUAUCUUCCACUACCUUCCAUCCCACCAACCUCAACGCCACCACCUUCCUCAAGUCGACUCAACGCGUCCUUACUCACUCUAUCUCCCUCUGCAUCACUCAUCAACCCCUACAAGAGUGCUUAUCCCUAAUAUUCUCAACACGUACACCUCGACAGUCUCCUCUAUCUCCUCUUACUCCUCUAUCAUGUCUUCCAACUCCACAAACGAUCUACGCAGCAGGGCCAAGUCCUACCAGCGAGACAAGAACCACAACGCCAAAUGGGCUCGGGGUGUCAAGCAACCUUUUGCUCAGAACCUCCUCUGCACCCAGCACGCCGAUCCUGAUCCAGCCUGCGCCAAGUGCAUUGGACGCCCUGCUCGUCGGGGUGGUCCUAAAGGCGAGGCUAGGCUGCGACAGAUUGAACAACACAAGCUGAGCAACCAUGCUUCUACGCUGGCACGCAAGGCUUUCCGAAAUGAGGUGGUGGACGCCAUGGACGGUCCAUUAGCACAUGUCUCAGACACCUCAUCUGGCGAUGAGGAUGUUUUGGACGCGUCUGAAGCCCCCAUCCCUGCCGAUGCGGACUUCCUGUACAGUUACGACCGAUCUGGCCCCCGGGCCGGUCAAGACGUUCUCAGCCACGCAAUAACUCAAGCUGUCCGUCGAUUUGAAAACACAGAAACUGAGAAGUUGGUCAACAACGAGUAUGAUGUCGUCACCGAUAAGGAAGCCAUUGGAGGCUAUACUGCUGAUGACGAUGAACACGACUUUGAGAUGAUCGAACACUCUCAUUUGAACUGACUGCCUUGCAUUUCAACUUGUCAACCUCUUAUUGAUUGUCACGGUUGAUUUUAUGGCUUUUUGUAAUUCUGCCACCCGCCACGCGUGGUGUUAUGAUUCAUCAAGAUACCCCAGGGAUUCAUUAGGGAAGCAAGGCGUUACUACAUAAACAAGCCACCGGCGCUUCUUGAGGAUAUGAACGGCCCUUGGAAGAGGCACGCACUCCCGAUGAGGUCCAUUCCGGGAUGUGUCUGAGUUUGGUGUUGGGCGUUGAAUAUCAUACAGUAUUACAUGGUAUCUGAAUAUCC